CAGCCUCUGAUCUGUGACCUUGCUCCUGGCGGCGACGAGCAAUGCUGCGCGAACGCGAGAUGGAGCUGGCUCUGCAGCAGAUCGUCUACGAAGAGCAGGCCAAGAUGAAGGCAUUGGGCUUUGUGGAAGCGUUCAUUGGCACGAACGAAGCAAAAUGCAGCAUCUUUCUCUCGUCGCAGUGGGAGCGCGUCGGGCGCCUCCUUCUCAUCAUCGUGAGCGGCAACGGGAUCCAGCCUGGCAUCUGGAGCCGCUCGUUGGUCAUGGAGCCGCAUGAUACGAGCCGCCAGUACUACCGGUCUGGCUCCAUGCUACCGUACUUGCACAAGGCCAUCUCGCUCGGGUACGGCGUCAUUGUGACCAACCCGAGCACGAACAUGGUCAUUACCAACCAAAACGAAAAGAUCCCGAUCCCGGGCUCGAGCAACCCGGAGGAGCACGUGCGCUACGUCUGGGAGGCUUUUGGCGCCCAAGCUCGCUGCCACCAAGUGUACAUCGCUGCCUAUGGCCGCGGCGGCGCGUUGGCCAAGCAUCUCUUGACGACCCAGCCGUCCAUGCGCCACAAGCUCGCGGCGAUUGCCUUUAUCGAAUCGAGCCAUCGGGUCGGCGGUGACGACCCCGACGACGUCCGCGCCAUCAUUAGCACCCGCGCGAUCAACUGGCAGCGCUCGAAAGAAGACCCGGGCCGCCAGCUUGCCGACUGCACGCAGCUCGGGUGCCUGAGCCUCUCGGCGGGCGAGCCCGAGUACGCCCGGCACUCGAACGAGCAACGGAGCACCAACACUGCGUGGACGAUCGGUGCGAGCAUGGAAACGGUGUUUGCAUUCUUCGACAGCGCGCGUGGGUACGACCUCGCGGACGAGCAGCACUACAUGGAGGCGAUGCAGAACCACGUGCCGCAGCCGCCGCCGCCGGCCGAGCAAGGCUCGCACGAAGACGGCGACAUGGUCAUUGAGACCAUCGUCGACCGCGACUCGCGCGUCACGAGUCGGAGCAUGGUCAUUUCCAAGACGAUGGGCGUCACGGACUUUGAUUUGCUCAGCGUCGUCGGCAAAGGCGCGUACGGCAAGGUGUUUUUAGCCAAGAAGAAGGCCGGGCGCAAUGCAGGCCGCGUGUACGCGAUGAAGGUGCUUCGGAAAGACGAUGUCUUCAAGAAGCAGCAGGUCGAACACACCAAGUCGGAGCAGCGCAUCCUCAAGCACGUCGAGCACCCGUUCGUCGUCCAUCUUCGGUAUGCGUUCCAGUCCGACUACAAGCUGUACUUGGUGAUGGACUAUUACCACGGCGGGUCGCUCUUCGUGCACCUCAAGAAGCUCAAGCACUUUCCCGAGGCGCGCGCGCGCUUUUACGCGGCCGAGCUCGUGCUCGCCAUCACGCAUUUGCACAACUUGCACAUCAUGUACCGCGACCUCAAGCUGGAAAACAUCUUGAUGGACGCGGACGGGCACAUUGCGAUCACGGACUUUGGCUUGUCGAAGGAGGACGACGAGGGCUCGACCUUUGUGGGCACGCCCGAGUACCUCGCGCCGGAGCUCUUGAGCUCCCAGCGCACGGCCACGUCGUACGGCAAGUCGGUCGACUGGUGGAGCUACGGCGUCCUCGUCUACGAGAUGAUUCGCGGCCAAACGCCGUUCUACGACAAGAACCGCCGGACCAUGUUUCAAAACAUUUUGACGCGCGACCCGGACUUUUCGCCCGAGCUCUUUUCGCCGAUCGCGACCCACUUUCUACAAAGCCUCCUCGUCAAGGACCCGACGCGGCGUCUCGGCUGCGGCCGCAACAGCGGUCCCAUGGACAUUAUGCAGCACGAGUGGUUCCGCGGCAUCGACUGGCAGGCGCUGUACGACCGGCGCUCCGAGCCGCCGUUCCGCCCGCACAUUGCGCAGACCCAAGACGCGCUGCGGUAUGUACCGCCAGGCUUUCUGCAGCAAGAGGUCGCCGACUCGCCAGUCGUCACGUCGAUGCUCGACAGCAACGCGCCGGGCCGCCACACGAUGCACUUUGAAGACUUUAGCUACAUGGGCAGCGACAUUAUGGGCUCGCGGCGGACAUCGCUCUUCCGCGAAAGCGACUUCCGCAUGGACCUGGACGACGACAUGUGACCGCGCUGCUGGACUCGACACUGCCAGUAGUGAAAGCCGUUAAGAUGAAUGCACGUCACGGCUCGGG